AUGGCUUCCUCUACCGCGCCGCCAACCAUUGCCGACCCCCCUGAAGAGGCUCAGAGUGAUGGAUCCAAGCUGAGGACCUUCAUCGGCAUUCUCAAGAGAUUCAUAGGUGUCUCCGAUCUUGCUGCCGUUCGCUUCUCUCUCCCAUCCCAGCUCCUCGAGCCCACACCAAAUCUCGAGUAUUGGACCUAUCUCGAUGCCCCCAACGCCUUCGUCGCUAUCGGUACCUCGGACGAACCCCUCGAUCGCAUGCUCGAGGUCUGCCGCUUCUGGUUUACGAAAGACUUGAAAUACGUCAAGGGCAGGCCUUGCAAACCCUAUAACUCAUGCCUAGGCGAGUUUUUCAGGUGCAAUUGGGAGACCCACGACAAUGCCCCGAGAAUCGAUACCUCCCCUCUUAAGGCCGCCAACGGAACCCUCAGUGGCACAGCUAGCAGUGCGUCCAGUAUGAGGUCGGCGAAAGGCGACAAAAACGCUCCUGCCGUCUCCUUUACCGUGCCGAACCACACCGUCGCCACUCCGGCCGGUAAACCCAUCCGAGUAUCCUAUCUCACCGAGCAGACUUCGCAUCACCCACCCGUCAGCGCCUACGCCAUCUACUGUCCCGAACGCGGCCUCACCGCCAGAGGCUUCGACCAGAUUUCCGCCAAGUUUACUGGCACCAGUGUCCGCGUGCUCCCUGGCGAGCACAACCUGGGCAUCUUCAUUCACCUCGAAAAACGGGACAACGAGACUUACCAACUCACACAUCCUGCCGCUUCCCUAGGCGGAAUCUUCCGCGGCACCCUGAGCGUGAGCGUCAGUGACAUGACUUACAUCAGCUGCCCCAAGACGAAACUGAAGACGAUCCUGCACUAUAUCGAGGCUGGUUGGCUUGGGAGGUCCACCAACCGCGUUGAGGGCAUUAUCUUCCGAUACGACCCCGACAACGACGACAAGGUUAAUAUCAAGGAUGUGCCUGAGUCGGAUAUCGUGGCGCGUCUGAGUGGACCAUGGCGUGAGAAGAUUGAGUUUACCGUCGGGCCGAAGCCAUUCGAUUCCCACCCUCUCGAAGAGCGCAUCACCAUCAUUGACCUCGCACCUCUUGCCGUCGCUCCCAAGAUUCUCCCGCCGCCGGAGAAGCAGAAGGAGAACGAGUCGCUGACCCUGUGGUCCGGUGUCACGAACGCCAUCCAUGCCAAGCAGUUUGGCAAGGCUACCCAGGUCAAACAGGAGCUGGAGGAGCGCCAGCGCGAGUUGGCCCGUGAGCGUGAACGCACUGGGGAGGCGUUCCAGCCAGUCUUCUUCCGGCAGGUCGUGGGCAACGGCGGCCAGCCUGAGCUUACUGACAAGGGGCGCGAAGUGCUCGAGAGGGUCCAAAAAGAAGAUUGGAGCUUGGACGGCAUUCUGUGA